AACUAUUGCUUUAGCCAAACUCUCCCUUAUCUUCCUUUCCCACCAUACAAAUUCUUAACCAAAUUCUCCCUUACACACUUAUAUUUCACAAGAUAAAACAAAGGAAAACAAAAAAUUAGUAUGGCUACCAUGACUUCUUUACAAUAUGGGAUGCCAUCCCUCAAUUUCCAACAGAAAAAACUGCAUUUAUCAAGCAACCUAUUCCACUGCAUCACCAACCCAAAUGGUGUGAUAAAAAACAGCCCGGAAACCCGAAACGGGCUGCAAAAGAAACCCGGGAGUGUAGUCAGGUGUAGCAGUAACAAUGGAAUUGGUAUAAGGGAUUUCAUAGGAGGUGAUCUUGUGAAGUUUGAUUUAGGAACAUGGUUAUCCGAUGUGGAGGAACAUAAGGCUAUUGCUAUGUACAGCCCACAUGAGGGUGGAUACGAGGGCCGGUACUUGAACCGCCUUCGGUACCAGGGUUACCAUUUUCUCGACGUCUCGGCUCGUGGGCUUGGUGACCCGGAAACCACCCUUACAAAAGUUCACCCUGUUUGUCCUCCUCAUGUAGGAAAGCAGCCGAUAGCGAGGUGGUGGUUUCCUCCAGAAGUUGAUUAUAGGCUUGAAGCUCUUCCCUCAGAUGCUAAGGGCCUUGUUGUCUGGGUCAUUGAAGCCAAGGUUCUAUCAAAAGCUGAACUGCAAUUUCUGGCAAUGCUUCCAUCCCUUCGACCUAAAGUCAGAGUAAUAGCAGAAUGUGGCAACUGGAGGAAAGUCAUGUGGAAACCUCUCAAAGAGAUUGCAGGACUAGUUCCUCUGCAGGAAGCAUGAAAAACGCGAAGCUACUGUAAGGAAAAUAUAGCUGUUCUUGAGAAUAUUAAGAAAAUUUAUGAAAAGAAUUUCUCUAGAAGCAGUGAUCUUCAAAAGGUUUGUGAUUAAUUUGUACAGCAUUGUAAACAAUAACAUGUGAAAAUAUACAAAAAAUGCGGUUGAAAUAAUGCUAUGUUGAUGCAGAAACUAGAGGAUUAAGUUUCCGAUA